AUUGGACUUCGCUCAUUGGCCCUUUAAUGUAAUUGCGUUAGUCAGUCUGACUCAUUCACUGUUUCCACCACGGGCACGCGGGUCGUAUCAGGGCUGACGGAUAUAGAUAAACUCUAAUAACGUUUGACUAGCCGAUGUGCUUCACUGUCCAACAAAAGCAGCUGGCGAGACAAAAAUCUCAGCAUUUAUCCCACUGACUUCUGUUUCACCUGUCUUGAGGUGGAAGCUGUAUUCAAGUUAUCUUCUGUUGGUGGCCUCCCUUACUUAAUGCUGCAACAUGGUAAUUCGUAUUUGAGUCGCAAAGUCAGACAAGCUGUCGAAUUGUAACCAGACACACAUGCAGGAAAUUAUUUGAUUGGUUUUGAUCUUUCAUAGUUGUUGACAAGGAUACUGUUCCAAAGAGCUCGAGGUGCAUCACUUGGUUGGAUCAAAACGGAAUAUUCCAUCGAGGGCCCGAGAAGUUCCAGUUUGCUGGAGGCGUGAGUGCAUAAAAGACACCAGAAAGCACCUUUACAAAUCGGUGUCAAGUCGAAGUUUAACAAAUAUACUUUUUGCGCAUACACUGAUUUUAACGCGCCUGCAGGAACAAAUCAGAGAGUCUAGAUGGCUUUAGCAUCCUCGUCGAGUAUGUGUUCAAACAUUGGUCCUCCAAAAGCUCUCUCAUACUUUACAGCCUCCUUUUCAGUUUUCCUGAUAAUUUUAACCAUUCCUGGAAACUUUCUCAUCUGUUUGGCCAUCAUAAAAGAUCCCUUCAGAAACUUGAAAACACCUUUUAACUAUUUCCUGUUAAGUCUAGCGACGACUGAUCUGGUUGUGGGAACGAUUAUGGAUCCCGUGUCAGUUGCUUUUCACACCAGCGAAGCGCUUCAACUUGACAUCGUAGAUAUCAAAAUCUUGCACAUUUUAUACUUUAUCUUGUGCACGGCGUCUAUUCUAACACUCAUGGCACUUACCGUAGACAGAUAUGUGGCCGUAUCAUCGCCAGUGAAGUACAAAAUAAUGGUUACCUCCAAGCGCGCUAUUUUAACAUCCCUGUUAAUUUGGGUGGCGGCACUAGGGUUUUCUUUCGUAUACUUCAAACUCGGAUUUAUAUUCUACUCCUUUAUAUUUGCAAACACUGCUGUUCUCAGCACGUGUGGAGUUCUCAUCUUUGUUCAUGUAGGAAUACUUAAACGACUGCGCCAAAGAUCGAGAUAUUGGCGAAAGAGGGGAGAAAUGGAGAGCACGAAGUCUGAUGUACAGGAGAACCAAAAAAAUCUUAUCAAUGCAAAAAAGGACAGCAAAGCAGUCAAAGCAUUGAUGAUUGUGCUUCUUGCAUUUUUUGCUUCGUUCACACCAGCCUGUGUUAUGAUUUACUUGUUAAAUUUUUGCUCAGGCUGUAGUUGUGUGCUAAUUCAUUGGUUGCGGGAUUUGCAAUUCUUAAUUGUGUUGUGCAACUCUGGUAUCAACCCUUAUUUAUACGCAUGGAGGCUUCCUCAGUUCAAAAGAGCUUUCUACAAAUUCCUUCAUCUCAAGGCACGCACAAGGAUAAGUGACAGUACCACAACAUCAGUUUAUGCCGCUGGCAAACGAGAAACCAUCCAAAUACCUAAAACUUUAAGCGGUGGAGACGAAAGGAUUUCACCCGUUUAAUAAAACUAUACAAACACAAAUACACUCACAAAGAAAGAGUGUCCUUUCUCAUUUGUAUCCCGGUGUAUGCAUAUUGUUGACAUUGCUUUAACUAAUAAUUUAAUGAGUAAGAAGAUUUAGUAAGUCUAAGAAAGAUAAUCUUGUGAUAUUUUCAUGUAUUUUUUUGUGUUGUGAGAGUAAAAUGUUCAAGGGGAUUGCGGAAACUCUUCGUCUCAGAAAUUAAUCACCAUUACCACUUAGAAAGGACCAUCGAACUUAGUUAUUUAUUUGCAUUCGGGUCGGAUUUCGAAUGAUAAACCAAACAUUAAAUUCGUUUCCUCAUUUUAUCAGCAGCGAUUAAAUGAAGUAAGUAACGUAUGAACCCAUAUGCAGUCCACACACACAGCGUUUUAACGACUGAUGAUGAAUACGCAGACCACAAUGUUCAGAGCAGUCCACGAAAGCAUUUUUCUCAAUAUAUCAAUGACGAUUACGUUAAUCAUUUUAGACCUUAAAGUGAAUUGGUUUCUGUAAUAUCUUUCAGUUUCAACAUUCUCAUUAGUCGUUUGUAAACAGCUUCAACUGCCACUAAUACAUCAACCACUGCUUGAAACAUAAAGA